AUGACCAAAGAGGAUGGAAACUGGCAAUGGCCACUUUUCGAGCAAUUUCUUCUGUUGAAUAUAUUGCUGAAAAUUGCAACAAAGAAAUGUCCAGCGCAAUUGUUUGGAAUGGAUGUGGGUUGGAGCUUGUGUGAUGAUCGUCGGUUCACGGUUAAGUCUGCGUAUGAUUUUUGCGUUGGUUAUCCCACUAAUUCAAGGGAGGAGGUUUGGGCAAUGAUCAAUAUAUAUCGUGGUCUGUCUAAAAUUAAAAUGUUAUUGUGGAUAAUUGGUAAUGAUCGUUUGUUGACAACUGCUGAACGUCUGAGGUGUCAUCUUACCACCAAUAGUAGCUGCCUGCUUUGCGCAGCCCCUGAGGAAGACAUUUAUCAUUUGUUGAGUCUGUCCAUUUGCACUUUCCAUAUAGGUGGCGUUGGUGAAACCAGAGAAGCUACAAGCUUUUAUAUCUAUGGACUUGAAAGCUUGGAUAACUAUGAAUCACAACAAUUCCAAAGAUUUUUUGAAGAUGCUCUAUCGAUUAUAGAACAGAGUAAAAGCUUAAUGGAGAUCACGAUCCAAGCUUCUACAAUCAGAUUACAGCAGACUGGUCAGAAAUCACGAGGUCCAGCUCGUGUGAAUGUAUGGAAGCGUCCUCCAUCCGGUUGGUUAAAGAUGAAUUCAGAUGGUGCCAGACAUAAGGAACCAGGUCUAACUUUACGUGGUGGAGAUCCUGAUGGUAAAUGA